AUGCCUAGAGGUCGACCCAGAAAGUAUCAGAGCCAAAAUCAGGCUACAGAGGCUGCUCAACGUCUUCGCCAGCAGCGAUACCAAUGCCAGCGCCAUGCGCAGGCGCCUCCUGAAUUCAUCCAGUACGAGCCUAUACCUACGAAUAUAACAGCGAACACCACACCAGGCCUUAGUGUUCGAAUUAGCAAUGAUAUUCCCAUCCCACGCGACUCUCUUGCUGAGCUUGAAAAGGCUCCAGAUUGA